AUGCCACAAUUAGAUACAUCAACAUGAUUCACUACAAUUAUUUCAAUAAUUAUUACAUUGUUUAUUAUGUUCCAAUUAAAAAUUUCAAAACACUACUACUACAACAACCCUGAACCCCUAAUAACUAAAACACAAACAUAUUUAACCCCCUGAGAAACCAAAUGAACGAAAAUUUAUUUGCCUCUUUUAUUACCCCAACGAUAA